AACCGACAAUAGGCUGCUCCCCCUGGGCCACCGCUGCUUGUGGGCUGUUGCUGCUGCUGCUUCUCCUGCUGCUGCUGCCGCUGCUGCUGAGGCGCUUUGAAUCCCUCCUAGAUCCUGGGUUCUAAUGAUCAUUGCGGGCAGGCUCUGUCUGAAAUUGUUCUGAAUGACCAGUGCCAAUAUCAGGGAGAGACCACCCAAGGAGACUGCAGGGCUAGGCAUGGAGCACCUCUUUGUGGAGGAGGUAGCGGCAUCUCUGGUCCGAGAAUUCCUCAACAGAAAGGGUUUAAAAAAAACGAGCCUUGUCAUGGACCAAGAACACCCUCGAGGUGAACACAGCAUAAACAACAGGAAUGACCUGAGGAAGGUUCUGCAUCUAGAAAUGCUUUAUAAAGAAAACAAGGUAAAGAAAAAUCCUCUGAAAACAAGCCUCGAAAUCAUUACAAGUUACUUUUUGGAUCAUUUUGGAAAGAACAGUUACAAUUUAAUACAAGAAACACCACUUUCUAUUGUUUCAGCUUCCAAGAUGAAUAACAAACUACCUUGGAAAUACUCUGAGAAUUCUGCAGUGAAUGAUAAUAAUACACGGGAGAUUUCAGAUGAAGAAGGAAAGCACAGGCGUGGUGAAUGUGACGGGGACACUCUCAGUAACACCACAUCCCCAAAGAAGCCUCUGCACAAAAGUAAGACCCCCAAGUCUAUCACAGGAGAUGGGAGCGGUUCUCCACCAGCCGAAAGGGAGAAGAUCGUGGCAAGCAGCUUGGAGAGCCCCAAGAUGGCGGAGCCUUCUUCAGAAGUGAAGAAAACGAGAGAUGUCAGACUGAGGCCCGGCCUCUUGGCUAGAGGAAUCUUGUCUGGCCCCAUCACCAACUCACAAGAGGACCCCCUCAGAAAACGUUUCCUGAGACGGUCGUCAGGACUGAGCGCAGCACAGAGCCGAGAAGAAGACCCUCCCAAACCCCCAGAACUCUCCCCUACUGGCCACACUCUUUCUGAUGCCUCUGUGGCCAAAAACGCCUCUUCCUCCAAAAGUUCCCUGGGCACUCAUGGCAGUUUGGACUCAGAGAAGUGGAAGAACCUGUCCGACACCACUUCUGACCCUCUCGACAAAGUGCACUUGGAAACGGACAAAAACAAACUGAAACACUUCCCGGAAGGCAAGGCCACAGUGAGUAAUACCGCUGAGAAGACUGGGCCAAAUGGGAGGUUGCUCUUUCCCUGUGCAAGUUCAAAGCCUUCUCAGGAAAGACAGGAAAAGGCUUUCAAAUGGAAUACUCGGUCUUUGGUGCACAGGACGGUCCCUAUACAUACCGUGCCCGUCUGUGUGAAUGAAGAAGCAGAUAUCCUCACACUAGAGGAUGUGGAAGAUGAAGAACUUUUAAGUGAAGAUGUUGUCCAGUCCUCUGCCCUGUCAGGGCCAUUGCUGAAGCUGCAGGUGACAUCCAAGCCAAUGAGCCUUUGGGCAGCAAAAGAAAUAAAAACCAUUCUGUUUGGCUCAACUCUUUGUGGCUUCAGUGAAGAAUGGAAAUUGCAGAAUUUUACAUUCAGUGAAAUGGAUCAACUCAAGUAUGGCCUCGUGCAGAACAAGGGGGGACCAUGUGGUGUCUUGGCAGCUGUGCAGGGCUGUGUCCUGAAAAACCUGUUGUUUCGGGGAGAAAGCAGAAGAACCAGCAUUCGGGAUCUACAGCCUUCAGACACCUACCGGACCAAUUGCCUCAUCAUGGCCAUGGCAGACAUUCUGUGGCGGGCAGGUGGGGAAGAAAAGGCAGUCGUUACAUUGGCCUCAGGAAUGCAGCAGUUCAGUCCAGCAGGAAAAUACAAAGCGGAUGGAAUCUUAGAGAUGCUUGUACUGCACAGGGUGACCAAGUAUGAAGAUUUAGUCAUUUUUCUUCAAGAGAACAUUCACCAGUUUCAGGCCGGACCCUCUGGAUGCAUCCUUCUGACCCUCUCCGCUGUCUUGUCCAGAUCCACUGAUCUAGUGCGCCAAGACUUUGACAUGCCCACCAGCUGCCUGAUUGGAGCCCACGGGUACUGCACCCAGGAACUUGUCAACCUGCUUCUGACUGGCAAAGCCGUGUCCAAUGUUUUCAAUGAUACGGUGGAGCUGGAUUCUGGAAAUGGGAACAUCACCCUCCUCAAAGGAAUCGCCUCCCGCAGCGAUGUUGGGCUCCUGUCUCUGUUUGAGCACUACGACGUUUGUCAGGUUGGCUGUUAUCUGAAGACUCCCAGGUAUCCCAUCUGGGUUGUGUGCAGUGAGAGCCACUUCAGCAUCCUCUUCAGCCUUCAGCGAGACCUCCUCAGUGACUGGAAAGUGGAAAGAAUAUUCGAUCUCUAUUACUACGAUGGGCUGGCUAACCAGCAGGGGGAGAUUCGACUGACGAUAGAUACAACCCAGCCUAUGCCUGGAGGCAGAGAGAAGGACCUCGUUCCCCCCCUCGAACACUGCAUCCGAACCAAGUGGAAGGAUGCCUUCGUGGACUGGAAUGGUACAGAACCCAUCCUGUGAGCCCGGGCCCUGGCAGCCCUUGCCUCAUACCUGCCACUGAGCUCCUGCCAAGGGACACUUACAGAAGCCCCCUCAAAUUUUCUUUUGGACCCACUUUGUUGAAGAGAUCCAGCGUCCAUGUGACCUAAAGCUGCCUGCCUCCUGCCAUUGUCUCCAAAGGUCUGCUGGAAGAAGAGGCCCCCAGGCACUGUCUCCCUGCCUCACUCAUGGAUUUUCUCCUCCCUUGACCCCAGGAAAGACCUUGCUGCAGGCCUGCCCAGCACAGCCCAUGUUGCCCUGUUGUCCAUCCCAGUAAAGCAGGGGCUCAAAGUGAU